CAUUACCUUCAGAACAGAUAAGGCGCCCCACCCGUCAGUCUCACGGUUUCUGCUUUCCACAUCCGCCGCGGCCAUGGCGCUCGUCACCGUCCACGCGCGCCUCGCCGCCGCCGCCUCCUCCGCCUCGCCGCCGCUUCGCUCCGCCGCCUCCUGCACCCGCCUCCGUGCCCUCAGUACAGUCACCGGAACCCGCCUCAGCAUUCGGCACCAACAGCGCCGGCGCUGGCGGCGGCCGAGGCGCGCCGCCGCCAUCGCCGCGUCGCUCGACCUCAACGAGGACAACGUCCGCCUCGCCAUCGACGAAGCCAAGGCCGAGCUGGGUCAGCUGUUCGACACAUCGGUGGGAAUCACAGGGCAAGUUGAUCUCGCGGAGCUGGACGGGCCGUUCGUGAAGCUCCGGCUCAAGGGCAAGUUCUGGCACACCCGCGCCACCGUGCUCGCGCGGAUCGGCAACUACCUCAAGAACCGCAUCCCGGAAAUCUUGGAAGUGGAGAUAGAAGAUGAGAAGCAGCUUGAUGAUAGCCCUGCAGCCUUCUGAGUGGCAUUCACCAGUCAAUGGCUCCCUCCAAUGCACAUUGCACAAACCUGAAUUUCUGAAGUUAAGCUGAAGAACCAAGUCUGCUGGAAUGCACUAUCCUACAUUCCUACCUUACUUUUCUGGUCAACAUCGCACAAAUUCAGGGAUCUCCAAUUCCCCUACAUUUUGAUUGUGGAGAUGCGUAUGAUUUGAGACUAUUCUAUUUUACUAGCACUCACGAGUCGCAAGAACCUGAAAACUGUACUGACGGGACCUACUUACGGAGAGGUUUAUUAGACGCUUUUCCUGAUUCUGAGCUUGUUGGUAUCACCUUUAUGUGUAUUUAUUUAAAAAAAGGGUGUAGCAAUGAUGUGCUGCUAUUCUGAGUACUAUAUUUGUGUUCACUCUUUCGAAUGAUGUUUACUCCAUCCGUCCCAAAAUAUAGCAACCUUGAACUGGAUGGAA